AGGAAGCGGCGGUCGAGUGGAGGCAGCGUCGUCCGCGCGCGCUUGGUGGGCGUUGGCGUUCUUCCUAGCGUCGGCGGCAGUUUCGGGCUUCGCGGUGGCAGCGUGGGCGGCGGUGGCGGUUUCGGCCAAGGCGGAGGACGAGAAGUGGCGGAGGAAGCUACGGAUGUUUUAAAGUUCAAGGACAUAUCAGCAAAAGCAACUGUCCUUCUGGAAGAAGUUGGUGUCUGGCAUAAAUACGGGACAAAGAUCGUGGUUUUCGCCUUAAUGGCAAUGGUUUACUCGGCGAAGGCCGGUGGAGGCGGAUACGGGAGCCAAGGAGGCGGUGGAGGAGGUGGCUUUGGUAAUUCCGGUGGAUUUAGUAGCGGCGGAGGUGGGUUUUCUGGACACGGUGGAGUUGGAGGAUUUAGCGGAGGUGCUGGAGGACUAGGUGGAGGAGCCCGAGGAUUUAGCGGAGGAAGCGGCGGUCGAGGUGGAGGCAGCGUCGUCCGCGCACGUUUGGUCGGCGUUGGCGUUCUUCCUAGCGUCGGCGGCAGUUCGGGCUUCGGCGGUGGCAGCGUGGGCGGCGGUGGCGGUUUCGGCCAAGGCGGAGGACGAGGAAGUGGCGGAGGGAGCUACGGAUGGGACAUAUCAGCAAAAGCAACUGUUCUUCUGGAAGAAGUUGGUGUCUGGCAUAAAUACGGGACAAAGGCAAGCGGCGGCACACAUCGCUGGCGUUGUCUCCCCUGCCCGUUCGAAGUCAGUGAAGAGACAGUCAUGAUCCUUCCCCGUCCUUUGAUCGUGGUUUUGGCCUUAAUGGCAAUGGUUUACUCGGCGAAGGCUGGUGGAGGCGGAUACGGGAGCCGAGGAGGCGGUGGAGGAGGUGGCUUUGGUAAUUCCGGUGGAUUUAGUGGCGGUGGAGGUGGGUUUUCUGGACACGGUGGAUCUGGAGGAUUUAGCGGAGGUGCUGGAGGACUAGGUGGAGGAGCCCAAGGAUUUGGCGGAGGAAGCGGCGGGUAUGGCGGCGGACGAGGUGGAGGGUUUUUGCGGCUCCCGGGGAGGGUUUUCUGGACACGGUGGGUUGGGGGGAUUUGGGGGAGGUGCCUUGGAGGACUAGUUUGGGGGAGCCCAAGGAUUUGGCGGAGGAAAACGGCGGGUAUGGCGGCGGUGGAGUUUGGGGGCAGGUCCCCUUUCCCCCGCGCGGGUUGGGGCGGGGUGGGCGUUCUUCCUAGCGUCGGGGGCGGGUCGGGCUUCGGCCCCGGGGGUUUUUGGCCAAAGGGGGGAGGAGGAUCCUUCGGCGGAGGGCGAGGCCAAUUUGGGGGAGGAAAACUACGGAAAGUCGUGGUUUUGGGGGAUAAUGCAAUGGGUUUUCUCGGCGAAAACUGGUGGAGGCGGAUCGGGGGGAGAAGGCGGUGGGGGAGGUACUUUGGUAAAGCCCCGGGGGGUUUUGUGGUUUCGGAGGAGGACCCGGGGGAGCUGGAGGAUUUAAAUGGAGGGGCUAAGGAUUUAGGGGGCAAUGAGGUGGAAAGGGGCGGUCCCUUUCCCCCACCCUUGGUCGGGGUUGGCGUUCUUCCCAACGUCGGCGGCGGGUCGGGGUUCAGCGAUGGCAACGUCGGUGGAUUUGGCCAAGGUGGAGGACGAGAAGGGAGAGGAUCCUUCGGCGGAGGACGAGGAAAUGGCGGAGGAAGCUACGAAUGGUAA